AUGCUAGAAAAUGGCGACUUUGAGCUUGGACCAAAGUCGUCCAACCUUAACAAAACAGUGAUCAUAGGAAAAUACUCCUUGCCCAAAUGGGAGAUUCAUGGUUUGGUGGAAUACGUCUCAGGAGGGCCUCAACCCCGCGGUUUCUACUUCGCGAUCCCACGUGGCGCCCACGCGGCCAGACUAGGGAAUGAGGCUACCAUUUCUCAGUAUGUGAGAGGAUUGAAACCGGGAACGAUCUACGCCCUCACGUUUGGAGCCACCAGGACCUGCGCGCAGGAUGAAAGGUUGACGGUAUCUGUUCCCGGUUUGUCGAGUGAGCUUCCGAUUCAGACAUUGUACAGCAGCGAUGGAGGUGAUACUUAUGCUUGGGCUUUCAAUGCAACUUCUGAAGUGGUUAAGGUCAGUUUCCAUAAUCCUGGUAUUCAAGAAGAUCCAACUUGUGGACCUCUCAUUGAUGCUGUUGCAAUCAAGGAACAGCUGCCUCUAAAGUACAACAAGGGAAGCUUAGUGAAGAAUGGUGACUUUGAAAUUGGACCUCAUCUAUUCAAGAACUUCUCAACCGGAGUUCUUCUCCCUCCGAAAAAUGAAGACUUGUACUCCCCCCUGCCUGGAUGGAUUGUGGAAUCUCUCAAACCGGUCAAAUACAUCGAUUCAAAGCACUUUUAUGUGCCCCAAGGACUUGCAGCCAUUGAGUUAAUGGGAGGAAGAGAAACCGCAAUUGCACAGAUCAUAAGAACAGUGACAAACAGAUUCUAUAUUCUCUCCUUCGCGGUGGGCGAUGCGAGAAAUGGUUGUCAUGGAUCGAUGAUGGUUGAAGCAUUCGCAGCGAGGCAAACUGUUAAGGUUCCAUUUAUCUCAACUGGAAAAGGUGGAUAUACGAGAGCAAGCCUCAAGUUCCAAGCUAUUUCUAACCGGACAAGGAUCACUUUCUUCAGCCCUUUCUACCAUACAACAGUUGAAGAUUAUGGUCAUUUCUGCGGCCCUGUUUUGGAUGAUGUUAGAGUUGUUCCUCUAAAAUAG